UCGGGCGGAAGUCGGGAUGUUAGGUGGUCUGAAGACGCUAGCUUGUGACAGGGAGGGGGAGAAGGAAGGCCUGCGUAAACUGUGCUUCUCGGUCCCUACGCUCCCGGGGACCCUUGGAAAACUCACAACACCCCGGCUCCCGCAGCUAGCUCCUUCCCCCAGGCUCUCUCCGCUCGAUUUCGCCACCGUUAUGUGGGAAGCGAAUCCAGAGAUAUUUCACAAAGCAGAAGAAUUCUUAUCCAAAACGACGGAUAGUGAAAUGGAUGACAUGGACACAUCAGAUACCCAGUGGGGCUGGUUUUACCUGGCAGAAUGUGGGAAGUGGCAUAUGUUUCAGAAAUGAAGCAAAUGAAUCUCACCACUGGAAAGCAGUGCUUAAUAAAAAGGGCUCCUUUUUCUAUCAGUGCUUUCAGUUAUAUCUGUGAAAAUGAGGCUAUCCCUAUGCCACCACACUGGGAGAAUGUGAAUACUGAAGUACCAUAUCAGCUUAUUUCUCUGCACAAUCAAACACAUGAAUAUAAUGAAGUUGCCAGUCUCUUUGGGAAAACAAUGGAUCGUAACCGAAUUAAAAGAAUUCAGAGAAUUCAAAAUUUAGACCUAUGGGAAUUCUUUUGCAGGAAAAAGGCUCAGCUCAAGAAAAAAAGAGGUGUCCCUCAGAUUAAUGAACAAAUGCUAUUUCAUGGUACCAGCAAUGAAUUUGUGGAAGCAAUUUGCAUUCAUAAUUUUGAUUGGAGAAUAAAUGGUAUACAUGGUGCUCUCUUUGGGAAAGGAACCUAUUUUGCUAGAGAUGCUGCUUACUCCAGUCGCUUCUGCAAAGAUGACAUAAAGCAUGGAAACACAUUCCAAAUUCAUGGUGUCAGCUUGCAACAGCGGCAUCUAUUUAGAACAUAUAAAUCUAUGUUUCUUGCUCGAGUGCUAAUUGGAGAUUACAUAAACGGAGACUCCAAAUACAUGCGACCUCCUUCCAAAGACGGGAGCUAUGUGAAUUUAUAUGACAGCUGUGUGGAUGAUACCUGGAAUCCAAAGAUCUUUGUGGUUUUUGAUGCCAACCAAAUCUAUCCUGAGUACUUGAUAGACUUUCAUUGAUUUCACUUCCAAAUCUCAGUGGUCAAGAAAUUUUGUUCUUUCUUGCAGGAAGAUUUGCUCUCCUGUCAUCUAGCCACUAAAUGUUAAAUAUCUGAUACUUUUGAAACAGAUAUGAAAAAAAAAAGUGGCCUCCAAGUAAAAAGACAUACUGACUAUAAGGUUGGUUUUUUGUUGUGUUGUUUUUGUCUGUUACCCAUAGUCUUGUUAAAAAUUAAUACCAUUGCCAUUUUAACACACAGAAUGAGAGAUACCAUUCCAGAUUGAAUUAGCUGAGUCUCAGUUACCAUGGUCAUGCAAUCUUUAAAGUUUACAUAUGUGUGAUCAGGAUAAAUGAUUUUAGUACAGAUGGACUUAUUCAUCUAUGUUCAAAAAAUAAAAAUAUAGACAUAUAUGUCCCUGUAGAGGAACUGAUCCUUUAUAAAUUGAAUUUUGGUAUUACUGUUUAGCAAUUGACACGUUGGUUUUUUGGAAUUCUGAAGGGGAUAAUUAAAAUCCUGAAACAGUCUGGGCACUUUGAUAGAAAUAAGAAACAAAAUAUUAUCUGCAGUGUUAUCAGACAAGCCAGAAGGAGAAAACCAAGACAGUGCUCUGCUUCUAGUUACCUUAGGAUACAGGCUGCAGUCUCUGACUUACUUAUGUUAUUUUCUUAUGUCUCCUGCACAUGAAUUGACAAUUGCUGCAGACCGUAAUCAACCUACAGUCCAUCCACCAGGGCUCUUGAGUUCUUGAACCAAGACUUGCUAUACAAGGUUUUUAGCACAUCUUCAAAGUGCAGCUUUUAUUUAUUGUUUAAAACAUUUCUUUCCCCUUUGUGUUACAGUCCCUCCAGUGAUCACCUCUAAGAUGUUUUUAUCGACCCUACUACAACACACAUAGCUUUUCAACAGUGAUUCCUAAAAUUCACAUUUCUAAGUGGUAUCUCUCCAUUUUGAAUGAUUGCAGAAGUGGGAUGCUUGGAAAAAAAUCUAGUUUAUCCUUUUGAAUAGCACUUGACAACCUCCUAACCCUCUUGAACAGUUAGAUACAAUUAAUGAUUGUUAUUUAAUGGUAGUUGGUUUACCUGUUCCAUCUAUUUUGCUGUUCUGUUGUAAGGAAGAAUAUGUAGUAUUGGAUCAGCUUCCUUCCUGUCCGUGUUCUAGCAGAAGCUAGACGACAACUUGGCAGGAUGUCGAGCAGUUCAAGUAUAGGAUGAGGAAUUGCCCAUGAUUGUUGAGAGUCUUUCCAACAUUGAUUUUUCCAUGAUUCUUCCUGAAAAGGAGAACAGCUGUGCCAAGCCUUUCCCGGAAAACCUUUUUCUAACUUCAUAAUACUGAAUUCUCUCUCCAUUAUCCUCACCCAGUGAGGCUAAGUGUUUCUGAACUCAACUUAACUUUUAGUAAGUAUCCAUUCCUGUAUUUUUCUCUCUAAUCAUUUUAAUUGGGGGGCAUCUAGAAAUAAUAAAAGUAGAAUAUAUGAUUAGGGAUGGUAAUUCUUUAAGUGCAAUAUAUCAGCAGAUUUUCAUUAGAGCCCAGAAUAUAUGUAAUUGUGCAGUGGUAAGAAAAUAAGUAGUGCACAGGAAAUUGUGUACAUAAUACUUUGAAACAAAGCAGCAACAAAGAUUUCCUGACUCAAAUAUGCAUGUUUGCUGCUGGUUUAGAUGAAGUGCCGUGAAUAUAUAGAAAGAACCCAUUUUAAAAACAUGCAAAGAGCAUCACGGAAGUCACUGGAGAUAAAGCCACUAAGCUGCCAUGGAGAGGUAGCCCACCAUGUCUCUAGACUAAUCCAGAAAAAAACAAUGUCAGAGAUAUUAGAAAUUCAGAUUUUCAAAAUCUUUCUAUUCUGUUUAUUUAUUUACUUAUAAAAAAUGUUGAAACAUUUUCAACAUGGCCAUCUCUCCUCUCCCCACCCAACUUAACAUGCAUACCUGUCUCUGCACUUGAAUAACUGCUGAAGUGUUGGGGAGUUAUUUUUCUUUUAGACAUGUGUAGAUCUUAUCUCGGGGUGACUAAGAGCCUAGAGUUAAGUAUUUUCAAGUAUACUUGUGCGAACUUUGAGCCUGCUUGGUUUAUGUGAGGUAAAGUAUAAUGUACACUGCAGCAACCAUUAUAAGAAAGUACUGUACUAUUCUCAUCAGAGAAUGUGCUGCCAACUCCCCUUUUAUUUAAAAAAAACCCUGAUUUUGAUAUGUAUUUUAAAAUAUGAUAAAGUUCAUCGAAGUUAAAAUUUUAUUUCUUUGUUUUAGUCAAUAAGUGAAGAUGAAAGUCAUAUGAUUGGUAUAGAAAUCAGGCUGGACAUAUUUGUUUGCCAUCAUUUCCUCUGGUCAUUACAUAGUGUGGGUUAGGAGAGUAAGGAGAAGCUAUUCCAGGUUAAUGACAAAAGGUUUUUAAAACUCUUCAUUGGAUAAAUUCCAGCUAGUAGUGACUUUCCUGUUUUUCACUUUGGUGAUACCAGCCUCAGGGUACAAAUAAAUGUGUUUAUAUAAAAAAAAAAAUUCCAUGAAUCUUUUAGUUAACAAACAGGAAGAUUUUGUAUUAGUACAUCAUUUCAUUUCUGGACUGUUUAUAGUGAUGAUUUGGAACUAUUUUAAAUAUAUGGAUAUGUUGUUUUUACAUUUGGUGAUUAAAGCUUUCUGUAGUA